AUGUGAUCAUCACAAUGUCGCGGCUGACUGCCUGCUGGCUGAUUAUCCUCCUCGUGUAUAUUAAGAAAACAUCAUGUGUCUGUGACGCCCGAUGUUCAGGCGAUCGCUGCUAUUCGGGAUUCACUGGAUCUAAAUGCAUGUCUACAUGUGUUUCUAGCCUUUGUGCGUCUGGUUGUAUCGGACAAAAUUGCUCGUCAACGUGUACCGGCCUACAGUGUACUGCGGGGUGCACCGGGGAUUACUGCACAGCGACGUGUAUCGGACUUUCUUGCAAGGCAUUUUGUGAAGGCACUGGGUGUGCUUUUGAAACAAAAUUAUGGCUAAAAUAAAUUAAUUAUAAGAUUUUUGUUUUAUUUACC